CUCUGCGCCUGGCCCCGCCGCGCCUGGCAGGGCUGGGACGGUGUUGCUCACCUGCCCCUCCUCUCUGACUCACUGGUUCCCCUGGCACGGCAAGCGCCAGCGGAGUGGAGCCAGAGCGAAGACAGAGGCUGGCAGAGGGGACCAGUCGACUGUGUGGGGGGGGAUUGGGAGAAACCCGUGAGUUGGAUUUAAAAUCAAAAGGCAGCUCCACGCUGUUUCUGGGCCGGCGCAGGGUGGAGAAGCCCGCCAGUUCCCACUCAGGGUCGCCCACUCCCGGGAGCCCCGGCGUGGGUCUCUGCCCCUCACUGUUCCUGCCCCCGGGGCCACCACCGCCCAUGGAGAGUAAAGAGGACGUCAGCGACUCGGACAGCGGGAUCAUGCUGCACUCAGGCCAGGACAGCCCCGUGUCUCUGCUGAAGGACCUGACCCAGGCGGUGCGCAAGCAGCAGCAGGAACUGGCGGCGCGGCUGGAGGCCUGUCUGGUGGAGCUGAGGAAGCUGUGUCUGCGCGAGGCAGAGCUCACGGGCAUACUGCCGCAGGAGUACCCCCUGAAGCAGGGGGACAGGCCCCCCAUGGUGCGGCGGAGGAUUGGCACCGCAUUCAAACUGGACGAGAAGACAAUCAUCUCACGAGGAGUGGACCCGCUGAGCACGCUGGAGAGAGACCUGGCCUUGCAGCUGCAGAUUGCCGCAGCCACGCAUCGCCUCUACCGGGAAGAGAACAUCAGCAAGCACCUCAAGAAGCGGCGGAAGAACAUGGUGCUGAAGGAGGAGAAGAAGCUGAAGGAGCUGGAGAAUGCCCUCAAUGAGUGCCGCUUGAGGGCCGCGCAGGAGCCCAGGCCCAGCUCCAUGGCCCUCGGGGAGCUGAGCUCCUCGGAUGACAGCUCCCUCUCCGAUGCCGUCCUGCUGGAGGAGGAAGAAACCCAGCCUCCGAAUCAUCAUGCUGCCCAGCAGCUCAUGGUGCCAGUCCAGCCCGGCACACCGCACAGCUCCCCGGCCCUGCCCGCCCGCUCUGCCCCUCUCCAGCAGCGUGAGGGGCUGCCACCCACGCAGGGCGAAGUCCUAGAGCUGGAGCGCUCGCCCAUCCAGAACAGCCCCUGGAAGGAGACCAGCCUCGAUAGGCUCUAUGAGAAGCCCAAGAAGCAGGCGGCUGAGCCCUGCAGCCUGCCAAGCAGCCCAGCCGGGACACCCAUGCCAGCGCCUGCCCGCAGCCCAGCCGCUCAGAGGACACCUGAGACACCCCCCUACCACUUUGUCCCCAUCCGGACCUUGGCCUUGUGGAGGCAGGCUGGUUCCAGUGGGCCCCCGACCCCAGAGAUGCAGGCGAGGCGAGGGCAAUCUCAGUCCAUGAGGCUGGAUGUGUCCCGGGACCGAGCGGAGCCCCGGGGGAGGAGCGUGUUGCCGAGGCGGCGCCCCACCUACUAUACCGUCACCGUCCCUGUCCCCGUCCCCGAUUACUGCUUCCCUUCAUCCAAACCGGGCCGGGCCUCCUGCUCCGUCUACCACUCCGGUUCCGAGGACAGCAGCUCGGACGUCUCCAGCAUCCCGUGCGCCCCGUCGGCUGGCAGUGGCAGCCCUGACGCCUUCCUGAGGCCGUUGCCCCCGCCGUCCGCGGAGCCGCCCUCGCCGGAGUUGGGGGGCCCGCGCUCCGUGGGGCCCGAGGCAGCGUACUAUUACCAGAGCCCCCACAGGCGGCUGCUGCCUCCCGGUUACUUCCCAGCUGUGGAGCAUGUGGCUGGGCGGGAGUUCUGCCGGGGCUACCCCUUGCUGCGGGCUGGCAGCCCAGCUCCGUUCCCCUGCGAGCAGGGCGUGGUGCAGCUGCUCUGCCAGCGGCUGGCCCCGGCCCCCAGCAGGCUCCUGCGCACCCCGUCCCUCAAGGACUACGCCCCGGGCAGCGGCAGGGCCCUCGCCAAGUCGGCCGUGUCGGAGGAGCUGAAGUCGUGGCACGAGCGCGCCAAGCUGCGGACCUUGCGGCCCCACUCGCUGGACAGGCAGGGGGCCUUCCGCGUGCGCAACACGCCAGGCAGGGAGCUGUACGCCUCCCGCUCCGCCGGGCAGCGGCCUCAGGUGUGUCAGAUCCAUGUCCUGAAGCAGUCCCCCGAGGGAGCUCCUGUGCAGGUCUACGUGCCAGAGAAUGGGGAGGUCAUCACUCAGGUCUAGAGCCGGCCGGGGCCUGCUGCCAAGCCCUCGCCAAGAGAGCCCCGCGCCCAGCUGGUGAGAAGUGGCAGCAGUGAGCCUGGGCGCGGGGGCUUACUCAGGAAGCCAGCUGGUUGCCCUGGACGGGGCUAGCAAGGGGGCAGGACCCCGGGUGCACCCGUCCUGACCAUGUUAUUUGGACACUGCCAUUUGGAAGAACUGGAUUCAUUCUGGCGUUGUCACCUUCUGAGGCGUUUCUCUUUGGACUAUGGGGUGCCUCCUCCCACAAGAACUCCCCUCUGUCUGUCUAUGGGUUUGUGUGGGCUGCAGCAGAGGAGGAGGGCCGGCUUAGGGCCACAACCUCCUGUGCGGCUUGGGGCUGGACUGGUUCGGCUGCUGGAUAUUCGCCAAGGGGUCCUUGCUUCACAGGUGUCAUGCAACUGAUAAGAAUAGCAGCAGUUGCCUUGUGAUCAUGCAAGCAGCUGCUGGGGUCAUGGUACGUUGCUGAUAGAGAGACACCUGCAGGGUCAUGUGUUAUGUGUCAUGGUUCAGGCCAGUGCCAGGGAAUUGUCCUCUUCUUGAUUCAGCAUAGAAGCUGCUGGUUUGCCGAGCACCCCACUACCUCCAUGCAAAUGGCACAUUCCUGGAGAAUGCAGCAAGGGCCGUCAAGAUCAGAGUGUUUGGGCAAUUGGGGAAUGGGAGGAUUUGAUUGGCUGCUGGUCUUGCUGCAGUCCCAUAAACCAUUGCAGCUCUCCCACAGGGGUACGUGCCUUGCCCCUUUCUAGGCUCUAGAGCAGUGGUUCUCAAAGCCGGUCUGCCGCUUGCUCAGGGAAAGCCCCUGGCGGGCCGGGCCGGUUUGUUUACCUGCCGCGUCCGCAGAUUCGGCCGAUCGCGGCUCCCACUGGCCGCGGUUCGCCGCUCCAGGCCAAUGGGGGCUGCGGGAAGGGCGGCCAGCACAUCCCUGCUGUGUCUCCCUGUUCCCUGCAGCAGUCCCCUAUUGCUCACUACCCUGUGAGUAGUAGCAUUUAUAACUGCCCAGGUGUCUUUCUGUGUUAGGCUAGAGAAAUUAACCCACUAAUUACGGUAGCAGACUGAGUUUAUUUUCAUAGAUUCAUAGAUACUAAGGUCAGAAAGGACCAUUAUGAUCAUCUAGUCCGACCUCCUGCACAACGCAGACCACAGAAUCUCACCCACCCACUCCUGUGAAAAACCUCUCAUCUAUGUCUGAGCUAUUGAAGUCCUCAAAUCGUGGUUUGAAGACUUCAAGGAGCAGAGAAUCCUCCAGCAAGUGACCCGUGCCCCACGCUGCAGAGGAAGGAUAUACCGUGUCUGUGGCACCAUUUCUUUAUAUUAACUUAUUUGCAAUAAGGUACAGUAUUGGGUACCCACCCUGUGGGUUUGUACCAAACAGCGAGGGCUCAGGUUGGUCUGGAUUUAUUCCAAGCUCCCUUCUUUAAUAAAUGCUGUUGUUCUUUGGGGUCCCUUUGGUAUCUGAGACUUAAUUUUUGAGGCAUUGGGCCCCCCUCAGUCUCAUGAAUUUCUUGGGGAAGGUGUGGUGCUGUCACGGGCUUGUUAACGCUGCCGGGUGCUUUGUGGGGGUGGGCUGACAGGAGGAGCCAGCAGCGAGAACCCACUGUGACCGUCAGCCGGGUGCCUGCCCCAGAGCUCAGCGUUUGUCAGGAGACAGCAACGUCACUGGGUAGUGAAUGGAGCAGCUCUCCCACCUGGCAUUCAGCUCAGUCCUCGGCCAGGAACCCAGCCUUCCAAAGGCCCCUCCUUUAGGGACUUGACUAAUGCUGUUGCUAUACACGCAGGGUGCCCAGGUGCUAUGGUGAUGGGCAGCAGGAGAAAAGCCUAAAAUAGAUCAGUGCCAGCCCAGCUCCUGUGCUGGGGGAGGAGGGAGUCGGAGCUGAGGUUAACCCUUAGUUCCCCAGGGACCAGCCGGAGCAGUGGGUUCUCAACCUUUUUCACCCCAGGAUCCCCCAUGACAGCAGCAGAAUAUCAUGGGGCCUGGUUGCCAAAUGAUGAGAUUUUGAUGCGGGGCCAGAAGCUCCAGCCUGUCAGAAAAUUUGAGCCCUCUGACUGGCUGUCUGCCCUAACUGCCCGCCUCGUGGGGUAGAGCAGCCAAUCAGAGCUCUCCCACUCCAGCCCCUCAGCAACCCAAAGCCACUCUCACGGGAGGGGAUGGGGGGGAGGGACCACAGAGCCCAGCAGCCCAGAGGGCUCCACUCCCUCCCCCUCCUGUGAGCAACGGGGAUGGGACAGCGCUUCUCCGCCCCGCUCUCCACCACCACUUUGAGGGAACGGGGCUGAAGAGGCCCAGGAGGAGCAGAGGUGAGGCUGGAGUGAUGGGGACUGGGUGGGAGCUGGGCAGAUCGGGGCUGGGGCUGAACUAAGCAGGGGCGGGGGGAACAAAAAAAAUGUCCUUUUAAAAAAAAAACCCUCCCUGCUUUCCAAACAGCCAAAAGAAAGGGGAAAAAAGUCCUUUUAAUAUCCUGAGGUUUGUGCUUCUGGUUCAAAAUGAUCCCACCGUUCUGCCACCAUGUCAGGGUUCCCUCCCUACUCUGAACUCUGGGGUACAGAUGUAGGGACCCACAUGAAAGACCCCCUAAGCUUAUUUCUACCAGCUUAGGUUAAAAACUUCCCCAAGGCACAAAUCCUUCCUUGUCCUUGGAUGGGUACUUCUGCCACCACCCAGUGAGUUAGACAAAGAUUCAGGAAAAGAACAACUUGGAGUUCCUGUUCCCCAAAAUAUCCCCCCAAGCCCCUUCACGCCCUUUCUUGGGGAGGCUUGAGAAUAAUAUACCAACCAAAUAGGUUAACAAGGUGAGCACAGACCAGCCUGUUGGGUUUUUAGGAUAUUAAAAACCAAUCAGAUUCUUAAAAACUGAACUUUAUUAUAAAGAAAAAAUAAAAGAAGCACCUUUGUACAAUCAGGAUGGAAUGUAAUUUUACAGGGUAAUCAGAUUCAAAACACAGAGGAUUCCCCUCUAGGCAAAACUUUAAAGUUACAAAAAAAACCCCAACAGGAAUAAACCUCCCUCUUAGCCUAGGGAAAAUUCACAA